AUGGCGACCCCGCCUCCCGAGGCUCCUUCGGUGGUGAAGGAGGAUAAGCCUCAGCUGCCUCCCUCUCCGUCAGGUGCCUCCGCCCCAGAUGUUGCGACAAACAGUGCUCCCGUCGCUACUUCAGACAUCAAAACCGAUGGCCCCGCCUUGACCGAGAAUCACACGACCAAGAUGAACGGCAACACUACCCACUCCCCUGCGAUUGCCAAUGGCACGAGCUCUGCGGCUUCUCCUCCCAAGUCACCAGUGCUGGAUGCCCUCGAGCCUGCUAUGCCAACUGUCUCAGCUUCCACCGAUACCCCACCUACCUCUGCACAUCCUGCACCCCAGGAGACAAAGGCUCCAGAAGAGACUGCUACUCUCACUUCCACUCUUACUCAACCUCAGACUGCCGAUUCUGUCACCCCGGCUGCGACAAACGGCUCUGCUGAGAAGAGCGGAGCCAAUACCCCACAAACCUCUGCGAUCCCCUCCACUGGGAGCCUCCCCCCCGCAACUUUUGACGGUACCGCAGAUGCGCCCCAGGAUGCGAUGGCUGUAGAUGUGCCAGAGAAAUCGCCUGCCGCUCCAGUCAAGACUGAGCUCCCCCACCACCCAACUACCGAAUCCGCCACUCCGAACCUGCCUCCUCUCCAAACUGAUCACGAAAUGAAGGAUGCCCCAAGUGCUCCAAUCUCCCCCUCCAAGGUGUCCCGGGAGCGGGAGACUGAUCCAGCUGAGGAGCCAGCGGCAAAGCGGACCAAGGUGGAGACCGAGAAUGGCAUGCCUGCGGACAAAAAGGCUCCAGAGCUGCCUACCCCUGCCACUGAGACUCCUGUUCCAAUCCGAACUGGGGAUGGACCUGCCAUAACGAAAAUGCAGCACAAAUUCCUCACCAAACAAAUCUCCAGCCUGAAGCGCAUGCAUGAUUCGCGCUUCUACCGAGUCCCUGUGGAUCCUGUUGCUCUGAACAUUCCCAACUACCCGAGUGUCAUCACGCGCCCAAUGGAUCUUGGCACUAUCGAGAAGAAGCUCAAGGCCAAUGAAUACUCCAAUCCUCAGGCGGUAAUCCAUGACUUUUCUCUCAUGGUCCAGAACGCGCGAACCUUUAAUGGGCCUGACCAUCUGGUCUCCCAGGAGGGUGCGAAACUGCUCGCUACUUUCCAGAGACAGAUGAAUAAUCUCCCCAAACCGGAUGAGGUAGAGGAGAAAAAGAAGCCUAAGAAGGCGGCGGAGAAGACUUCGGCUGCUCGACGUGAGCCUCGCACCUCCACGGGUGGUCAAGUUGCCGCUCCGAUCCCAACUAUCCCGGCCCCGGCCCCGCCUGCUCCCAAGGCGCCCUCGCCUCAGAGCGCUACCUUUGCACUGGGACCCGAGGGACUGCCUGUCAUUCGUCGGGACUCUGCCAACGCGGAUGGACGUCCCAAGCGUUCCAUCCAUCCCCCAAAGCGUGACCUGCCGUACUCUACCAAGCCCAAGAAGAAGAAGUACCAAUGGGAGCUUCGCUUCUGUCAGGAAGUUCUCGAGGAGUUGUACAAGCCAAAGCACCAGGCCAUCGCCAUCGCCUUCUACUAUCCUGUGGACCCCGUUGCUCUCAAUAUCCCGACAUACCACAGCGUGAUCAAGCACCCUAUGGAUAUGUCGACCAUCAAGGCCAAGCUCAAUACUGGCCAAUAUGAAAACGCCAAGGAAUUCCACUCGGACGUCAAGCUGAUGUUCAAGAACUGCUAUCGUUUCAACCUGGAAGGUGAUCCGAUCUACCUCGCCGGCAAGAGCCUGGAAGAUAUCUUUGAUAAGAAGUGGAACGGCAAACAGGAGUAUCUCGCCAAGCACGAGCCUCCUCAAGAGCACAACUCGGAGUCUUCGGAGGAGGACAGCGAUGAAGAGGCUGAGGAGAGUGAUGAGGAUAUGGAGAAGAUCAGCUUGCUCCAGCGACAGAUUGCCGAGAUGUCCCGUCAGGUCGAGAUGAUCCAGAAGAAGAAGAAGACACCUCCUGCCAAGAAGGGCUCCAAGUCUGGAAAGUCUGGUGCAAAGAAGGACAGCAAGAAGAGCGGCAGCAAGAAGGAGAAGAAGAGCAAGAGCCUCUCAAAGGUCGAGAAGUCUCGCAACAUUACCUACCAUGAGAAGCAGAUCAUCUCCAACGGUAUCAGUAGCCUGCCGGACAAGAAGAUGCAGGAGGCCCUCGGUAUCAUUCAGCAGAACGUUCCUGCUCUCAAGGGUACUCAAGAAGCCGAGAUUGAACUAGACAUUGAUGAGCUGCCUAACGAAGUGCUGCUCAUGCUGCUCAAGUUUGUGAAGAAGAACGUUCCCCACAUCAUGGAUGACGAGGAGCCUACCACCGUGGGCGGUAACGUGGCCCCCGCUGCUCCCAAGCCGAAGAAGAACAAGCCGAUGAGCAAGUAUGAGCAAGAGGCUCAGAUCAACAUGCUCGAGAGCAACCUGUCUCGCUUCCAGGGUGGCAGUGGCUCUCCAGCGCCGAUGCCUUCCGUCGAAGCCAACGAGUCUAGCGACGAUGAAUCUGAUGAUGAUUCUGAGGAGAGCGAGGAGGAAUAA